AUGUCCAGCACAUCCCCAUCUGGGCAACUGGCCAGUGACCACCUUCGGCACACCGUGCCGAGGAAUUAUCUGUCCCCCACAGCCGCCUCUCACGGCAACUCAUCAUACGGUACCCGAAACUAUGACAGCUUCCCUUGCACAGAUGCCUCCGUCAACGUCGGGGACCGACCGCCGGCGCAGCUCCGCCUUCGCGGAUACCUAAUUGAAGACGCGGCUGGUCCCAUCUGA